AUGGCUUACCUUAUUGAUGUGGAACAGCUGCUCGACUUAUUUAUGACGCAGCCUACCGUUGAGGAUAAGAAGGGUGCCCUAGAACUGGGUCUCGUUAAAGGGCUGGUGGAGUUUAAGUACAUCGGCUUCUUGUACCUUGCCUGGAAAAGCGCUAUCCAAGACGUCAAUAUUUCUGUAUUACUGGGUGACACUAUUACACUAGUUGGUGCUACUGGGGCGGGGAAGACGUCGCUCAUGAAGCUGCUGCUCCGAUAUUAUAAUGUAACCUCCGGGAGCAUCAAGAUUAACGGCUAUAAUGUUCGCGACGUUACCCAGGGCUCGUUGCGAAACGUCCUCAGUAUAGUUAUGCAGGAUCCUAUACUCUUCAAUAUAUCGAUAAUAGAGAACCUACGCUAUAUAAAGCUCUUAGCUUCCGAUGAAGAGAUCUAUAAUGUGUGCCGAGCUGCCGCCAUCCACGACAAAAUUAUGUCUUUCCCUAAGAGCUACUAUACCAAGGUCGGAGAACAAGGCGUCAAACUAUCUGGCGGGGAGGUCCAGCGAUUGGCGAUUGUAAGAGUUUUUCUAAAAGAUCCCCCUAUCCUUGUUCUAGACGAGGUAACCAGCUCUAUCGAUACAGAGACCGAAUCGGAGAUUUAA